GUUCAAAGUCCAAGGAUGCGUAUAUUGUAAUUAAAAGGACGAAUAUCGCAGAUGACACCAAUAGUACCCGUUGCAUAACAGUCGCUUUCAUCAGCUAGUUUUAAUCAGCGUGCUGAAAGAAAACAGCAAAGAUCAGUGCUUUAUUUUAGUCAAUAUGGCUUUGGAACGGUUGAAGAACAAGAUCAAGAGGGCCUUCGCCAGCAUCUCAGUGAUCACCUACGCACUCGUGGUCAUUUUCGGGACAGGUUCCUGGAUUGCCAUCAAUGGACUCUGGGUUGAGUUACCUUUAAUUGUUCCUGAAAUCCCAGAAAGUUGGUCGCUACCGUCAUAUCUAACUGUUAUGAUUCAACUGGCAAACAUAGCCCCCUUGACAUUUGCAGUGGGCAACAAACUUUUCCCACGUGUAGUUCGCGAGGUACCAGUUAUUUACAUCAGUGUUUUGGUCGGUAUUACGUCGUGCGUUCUCUUGGUAUUUUUUUGGAAAGAAACCAGUUACAUCGCAGGAGCGGAGAGAAGUACAGCGCUGCUUGUCCUGUGUUUCUUUCUGUCCAUGGUAGAUUGUACCUCAUCUGUGUCGUUUAUACCUUACAUGGCCAUCUUCCGAGAAGUUUACAUGAGCCCGUAUUUUGCCGGUGAGGGGUUAAGCGGGCUUCUUCCGAGUCUUGUAGCAUUGGGACAGGGAGUAGGUGGAGGUUCUCAUAACCCUUGUCCAGCUCCAAGCCCGACAGAGGCACCUUUGAACGGUACUAAUGGAACAUCAGGGAAUGCUACUGAUUCUGGAAGCUGGGGUCUUGAGCCAAAAUUCUCUGUUGAAGUGUUCUUCUGGUUUCUCAGUGCGAUGAUGACAGCUUGUGGUUUGGCGUUCCUUGCUUUAAAUACGCUUCCCAUUACUAAGCGACAGCAGGUUGGGAAAGACUCCAAAUCUUUGUAUCAUAUAAGUCCACAGCCAAGUGAAUCAGGCCUUGAGCUUUCCCCGGUGGAUGAGAAAAAUGAAAAAAAUGAAGUUGUCAUCGAUGAAGAUUUGUCACAAGGUGGUGUUUUGCUCCUGUUGCUGAUCAUAGCCCUGGCUGGGGGCCUGAGUAAUGGCAUUUUACCAGCUAUCCAGUCAUAUGCGUGUAUACCAUACAGCUACUACAUUUAUCACCUGACCCUCACACUGUCGGCUAUAGCCAAUCCUGUCACUUGUAUUCUGUUCCCCUUUAUAAGUACCACAUCAGUGGUAGUUAUCAGUGCACUGACCAUCAUGUACUUUGGUAUGUGUACCUACAUCCUCGUUGUGGCCUCACAAAGUCCUGAUGUGCUGAUGAAAUGUGACAAUUCUGGUGCUGUUUUGAUUGUAAGUAUAUUAAUUUUUCACUAUUUGAAUAUAGGAUAUUACAUGGCGGUGGCAAGAUAUGACAUUUUCUUUUGAGUGUUGAUACAGUCUAACCUCUCCUUACGGACUCCUCUAUAAUACAGACACCUCUCUAUUAUGUACAGUUCUUUGGUCCCAGAAAUGCCAAAAAUCAUACAUUCCCUGCCUCUAUAAUACCGACACCUCUGUAAAGUGGACAAUAUUGGUUCUGUCUCUUAGGUGUCUGUAUUAAAGAGGUUUGACAGUACACUCACUUGUGAAAUAUUUUUGAAAAUGAGAAGAGAAAUUGUGUAUCUCCAAAUCAUUGAAUCACUUUUAAGUGAAGAAAUGUUAAAACAUUGCUUUGCUUCAAAAGGUACAAUUUUAUGUAACCAUGGCAACAGUGAUCUUAAACAGUGCUAUUGGCACUUGAAAAGAUAUCAGGUUUUUGGGCCAAAGGUCAUGUGUUAUUUCAUUGGUUGCUUGUAAAUUAACCCCUUUAAACAUGCCGACAAAUGCACACUGUCAAAGGGAUAAGACUCCUUUGAUCCACCAAACUUGAAUUUUGGUUACAUGGGAAGUUCAAAACAUCACUCCUCAUCAACCUUUAUCUGCACGUGUUUAACCAUAUCCCUUCCUCUAGAGAUCUAAAUUCUUGAGACUGUCUCUUUUGCAGUAUCCUGCCCCCUCCUGUUGCCCCAAAUUAUAACAUGGGUGUGGUACAAGACGUUAUACAAAGUUACUUGAAGUACAGAUUGUCAAAAUUGGCUUUUUUGACAAAUAUAGUCUUGUUGGCGAUUAAACAUGUCCCAAAUGCAACAGAAACCAUACUGUGAUGGAAAAGGUUUUUUUUGAUUUUCUGGGGACAAAAAAUAAAAUGAGCUUACUUCCAACAUAAAGCAAAUAGAAACUCAAAAUUCAGGAGAUUUGGUGACCAGUAGGUCAGCUGGUAGAUUUGUGCUAUUUCCCGGAGACCAGAUACUCCAGGAGAGUUGCCAUAUACCGUAAAAUACUGAAAAUAAGCCCCUCCAAAUAUAAGCCCCCCAAACAUGUAACGCAAAGAACCCUCUGUUAAAUCACCCCUCUAAAUAUAAGCCCCCCAAGGGGCUUGUAUUUGGAAAUUGCCCUCAAAUACAAAGUAAAACAAAGCAAAAACAGUAAAUUUCCUUCCAAGUAUAAGGCUAGCCCAAUAGAUUUUGAAACGCAAAUUUCCCUCCGUAGAUAAGCCCCUCCAAAUAUAACCCCCUCCAAAAAUAAGCCCCUCAGAAAGGGCCUUUGGAAAAUAUAAGCCCCGGGGCUUAUUUUCGGAAUUUUACGGUAUGUUACACCCAUUGUGACAUCAUCACUUUUGUUAAAAUCAUUAGCCUGCUUUGGUGGCUGUUUUGAUGAGUGCGUUUUGAGGGAGGAUCGAGGAAAAGAGAAAUGCCCUCUUUCUGUUUUUGGCCACAUUGUACUGCCUGUUUUAACUAUUUGUCACUUAUCUAAUUUAGCAAAGAAACUAUGGUAGAGUGACAACGUUGCUUUCGAUGAAACAUUUUGAACUGGCUAUAAUGUAGAUUAUGUGGUAGAAAUAGUUUGGCAAUAAGACUUGUAUGGAUAUAAUAAAUUUUAUAUCAAGUCAAGUACUCAUAAUUAUUUGAAAGAGUCUAUUCAAGGCAGUCAUUAGGUAGGUGCAAAGUACAAAACUUGGACAGGAUCACGUCAUGAUCAUUUACAUACUUAUCAGACAAUAUAACCUAUUGCUUUCCCAAAAAUUAUGUAAAUGAGUUGAUCCUGUCUGAGUUCUGUUCCUGCUAGUGAACUUUCUAUAGAAAAGCAUUUCGCUAAUUGACUCACUAUUCAGUAUCCUGUGGCACACAGCUGUAUCGUAAACAAUAAGCUUUACAGGUUGCUUAUAUGAUGGUAUUGUUAUAAAAUGUGUUUCUCUUCAAAUGAUAGGUUGUGAUAAGUGUUGCGGCUGUUGCUGUGGUGACAUACGUCAAAGUUGCCAUUGGAGGAAUCAUGCGUGAAAAAGGCCGCAAACAUUUGCUGUGGUAUGGAAUAAGCACUCAAGUGGGGUCCUGUGUGGGUGCUCUUGCAAUUUUUGCCCCUGUAAAUGUCUAUCACAUGUUUAAGCAAGAAUGAAUGAGACUGGAUGUGAUUCAGUCUUCCCUCAAUGGUACAUGUAACUGUUGUAAAACACCUCACCAUUCUUUCAUAAGUUUAUUUUUUAAAACUCACUUUGCUUUUUAUAAUCAUAUGAUUAUUCCUAGAAACACCCAAAUCUCUAGUUUUAAAAGUUGCUAAGCUUAGUAAAAAUGAAAACAGGACUGAAUAAAGUCCAAUUUGGUCUGUAUCCAUCAAGCAGGUGAUCAAAUAGAAUCGGACAAAUUCUUAGCAGAAGACUGAAUUGUUUAUCACUAGAGUGGUAUGAGAGAGCUUUAGAUUCUAAGACGAGGAUGACUACAUGAACAAUAUUUUCCUAAGACUAAGUAGUGUGCACGUGCAAACCAAGUCAUCUUGGUGGUAAAAUGUGAUAGCCAUUAUCAUUCUCCUAUGAGUUCUAGCGAGAAUGUUGUGGUGGUGAAAACAAGUUAUCAAAAUUUAAUGUUAGGAAAUGGAAAUAAGUCAACUAACUUUUGUGGUGAAAAAAGUACAAUGUUGCUUUCCAAGGUGUCUAUGUUUAGAGAAGAGGCAAGAAAACUUAAAAUUGAAAUGUCGUCUUCGUAGACGUCCUCAAAUGUAAAGCUCUCUGUUAUCACAGACCAGAGUGGAUGACAAAAAAGUUGUGUUAUCAGUCAUAACUGUGUGAUUGAAUUUUUCAAGUACAAGUUAAUAACAAGGUUUGGUGUUAAGUAAUGAAUAGAACUGAAGUAGUCUUUGUGAAUUUUCUGGUUAGUCACCCUGAAAUUUCUUUUUGGCUUAAUCAGUGCUGUCACUUUUCUGGUUGAUAGCUAUACCCUGUAAUUCAUUUGUGUGGGAAAAAUAAUAGAUUGUAGCCUUGGGUGACAAAAAUAUUUUCAGAACUCAAGUUGUCUCGAAAUUUGUCAAAAUUUUUUAAAAUUAUUUUUUGAAAAGUUCUAACUACUAGUGGUACUUCAUUUCCAAAGUAGUUUACCAGUAUAAUAAAUAUCACAGCCAUGCUCUUGUCCGUUCAAAGAGAAUUUGUACAGCUCCUUAGUUGGAUUAAAUUUUGUCAAUUUUAAUCUUCUUGCUGUUAUUUAAAAAUUGUUUUUACAUAUUUAUUAUCACAUGAUAUAAUGUAAGCUUAAAAUUGUGCUGAGUAAGCUUAAAAUUGUAGUGAUAGUUCCUAUAAACUGCAGGCUUCUUUUAUCUUUGGACCACCAGGUGCAGCAAGUUUGGAUGGGAUACUCAGUGGCAAAAUCAAUGCACUGAGGCAAGGGAAAGAACUUUCUGGAACUUUCUCCCUCUAAUUUUUUUUUAUUCAGUAAACAGGAGUGUCUGGGAGCUCUUGCCAAAUUUCUUUUGAUAACUGUGCCUGGAACAAUUUCAUCCUUAAAAUGUCACACCCCAAUUAGCUGCCGCUGGGUCUUAUCUGGUCUUGAGAUUUCAAAAAAAAUUUAAAAUUUUGUCAAAAAUUGAAUAGUGCUAUCUGCUGGAUAAAUCACAAUCCAGCAGAUAAGUGUUAGGGAGGCCAAUAGCGUUUCAAGUGGUUAAAGUUAUCCAACUUUUGAACAGCUGCGCCAAGUCUUUUAAAGGUAAUGGAGUUUAAUCUGCAUCUUAACAUGGAGCUUUGGGGGGAGUUGGUCAUUGUUGGUAGUCUGAAAGGAUUACAAUUGGAUUGGAAACAGUAAAAGUCAUAAAAUUUUAUCUUUUUGGUUUGGUCUAAGCGUUGGUGAUACAUGAAAUUAAUUCGGGAGAAGUAAUCUAGUUAUAAGCUUAAAUCACAGUAGACAGGGUUCGUAGAGUCUUGAAAAAGUUUUGAAAUUUUCCGAGCAAUUUUCCAGACCUGGAAUAAGUCUGGAAAAUAGAGAUGAAGACCGGAAAAAAAGGUAAAAAGUCUUGAGUUUUUUUUUUCAAAGCUACAACAAGUGCUUUUUUGUGUGAAUUUUUUUUUCGUUUUGAUCAAACCUUAUUAAAUCUUGCGCGUAUGUUUGCAGCCCACCAGCGUUUUUCUAAGGUCUCUGUUAAUCACCUAUUUAAUGACCCUGACUCUGAAAAAAAAAUUUCUUUUGGAAAAAAGUCUGGAAAAAGUCUUGUAUUUUGAAUUCAAAAUUCUGUACGAACCCUGAGUAGAUGUUAGGGAGUCAUUAUUAAAACGUUACUUACAGUUGUUAGUAGUCUCCUUGAUUUAACAUUUUUAAUGUUUAUCAUAGGUAGUUCAACGUAAGUUAAAUAAAAAUUGUGAACAAGGCUGAAUGUUUCCAUUCAUCUGAAAUGUGCAAAGAAGUCAAAUAAUUGUGGGUUGGCUUGGUGACUGAGUCCAAAUAUAGUGUUUUUUUCCUUAAUUAUUC